AUGUACUGCAAUUGGAGGAGUCGACGUUUGCAAAGAGACAAAUUCGCUUUAGUCUCAUCAAUUUGGGACAAAUUUAUUGAAAACAGUCAAAAUUGCUUCAAAUUGGGAGCUUAUAUUACCGUGGAUGAGCAACUCUUUUCAAUGAAAGCUAGAUGCAGAUUUACCCAGUAUAUGCCAAACAAACCCCAUAAAUUUGGCAUAAAAUUUUGGCUGGCGUCUGAUGUACAGACGAAAUAUGUGGUAAGUGGGUUUCCGUAUUCAGGAAAAGACGAGGCUCGAGAUGCAUCAACCCCCCUAAGUGAAUUUAUUGUAAUGAAACUUCUUGAACCGUAUACCAUGACGGGUCGAACUGUGACAACCGAUAAUUUUUUUACAAGUUUUUCUUUAGCGUUAAAAUUAAGAUUUAAAAAUACCUCGUUGCUUGGAACAAUACGCGCAAACAAGAGGGAAAUGCCGAAAACCUGCAAACUGAAAAAAGACGGCAUAGCUCGUUUCUCAACGUUGUUAUAUCAAUCCAAUGGAUGCACACUUACCGUUUACAAGAGCAAACCAAAUAAAAAAAUACUUAUACUAAGUACAAAGCAUAAACACGUCACAAUUGAUAAAACUGUUAAGAAAUUACCUGAAACUGUAUCGUUUUAUAAUAGAACUAAAUUUGGCGUCGAUGUCACUGAUCAAAUGGCACGAAAAUAUACCGUGAAAUCAAGUUCCAGAAAGUGGUCACUUCGAGUCUUCUUCAAUAUUUUAGAUUUAGCCGGAAUAAAUUGCUGGAUAUUGUACAAAAAUACAACAGGAGAAAAUAUCACACGUAAAGACUUUUUGUUUCGAUUAGCAGAAGAGCUUGCUUCAGAAUAUCAGACUUCAAGGUAAAAACCACACGAAGUCGACCUACCAACUACAAGUGGCACGGUUCCUGUACGCAAAUGGUGUCAAAUAGGAUAUUGCAACAACAAUAAGACUACAAAAAUUUGCAAUACAUGCAAAAAAAGUGUAUGCGGAAAAUGUACACACAGAAAAAUCUACAUAUGUAAAAA